UCUUCAAUAGAAUUCUCGUUUUAUCGAAGCUGAGAGAGAGAGAGAACGAAAUCAUGUUGCUUGGUUUACUUUUCCGAAAAUCUUCCUUUAACCUUCUGCUGGUGUUAUCAUUUCUAAAUAAACUCUCACUGUGUCUUACAACUUGUAAUAUCAUAACCUGCAACCGACGGGUGGAAAACCUCUUGUCACACACUAGAGAAGAUGGAACCGAGACGCUGAGCAGGCAUAUUAAGGAUUUUUUGAAGUGUGUUGGUGAAUGUUACCAUGCACUUUUUCCAAACUUUAUUCCUAAAUUCGAGGACAGUCUCAACAUGUCAGAAAAAAUAUUCAGCAGUGAUCCUAUAUUUUAUUUAAACUAUAAUUGGGAAUGCGUUGCUCAGAACUCUGUGUCUCUGAUAACAUGCCUUGCUGUAACACAAAGCAUGAAAACAUCCACUCUCAACGAUAAAGCAUCUCGUCUGUUGGCGUGCAAAAAAGCGACAGCUAUUCUAAACUGCCCUCAAGAAACACUUUUCGAAAAAUGUGGAGAAACAACAGCAGAUGCCAUGGAUGAGAUUUUUAACACAGCUUUAAAGAGUGAAGUUGAGAGUACAUGUCAAGAAGUAUCUUCUGGGGCUCUUUCAAGUUUGCAUACGUAUAACAAACUAGGAAACAAAUUCAUGAAAAUGGCAGCUUGUGUAGAUAUCAAGAAGACGAUUUUAAAAAAUUGUUUGCAAGAAUUUCUAACAGAUUCCUAUGCUGUAAGGAAGUAUAUGUGUUGUGAAUAUGGCGAUCUCAUAAAGUGUAUGACCAGAGAUUCGGAUGAAUGCGUUUCCCAUUUGACCAGUGUUUCCUUUUUUCGAAGUGUGCUUUCUCUCGGUGAAGAUAAGUGUGACAGCGUUGAGGAAUGUCCUAAAGAUAAAAAUGGUGAAAAUGAUUUUAACUUAGAACAUAGCAACAUCGCCGAUUCAGUUGAAACACCUACCCAAGAGGCGAGUUUGCUUUCGUUCGGAAUAUUAGCAGCAGGUCCGUGGGAAAAGGAAAACGUGAGUACUCCGGUCACAAAGUAUGUCCAGACGAUCCACGAGAAUGCUUCCCAACCCCUCAUUGCUGAUACAGUGCUCUCAAGUACAGCUUUCGCUUUGAACGAAGAUGAAAGAGAAGAAAAAAAGGCUGAAGGAACAAUUAGAAUAACUUUCCCAUCGAAGCAGGGAACCGGAACGAAAACUGAACGAGAAAAUACAAUAUUUACUUCUACUUCAGUGUCCAAUGUUCCUCAUGGAGAACUCGUUAGUCGCAGAACAAUUCCAUCUCCCUGUGUAAAAGUCAAAGUGGACUUAAUACUAUUUCUUUUGCUCUUAUCAAUUACAAUUUUCCAUUGAAAUUUUCAUUGUAAAAAAAUAGCCUUGAGAAGAGGCAAAAGUACCAAACUGCAGCUGUAGGCUGCAGAUUUUCUCACCGUUAGUGGG